CAAAGACCUAAAAUCAAUCGUCAAUACACAUACAACCAACAAGUCAGCCCAAAAUCUGCCAAAACUUUCUAAAGAAAUUGGGCAGCCGAAAUUCCCUGAAAUCAACAUAAAAGACAACUUCAACCCCUACAUAAACUACAACCCCACUCGCCCCUCCCCCGAUCCCAUCCUUGCCAACAAGAGCAUGAGCUUGCUCUCUCUCAGUCAGAUCUCCUCUCCAGACUCCCUCGAAUCCACUUCCAAAAAGAAUCAAAGGACUUCAUCGGAUUCGGACAAUGUGUUGAAGUAUACGUUUAAAACUAAGGUUUUGGAGACGACUAAUAGGAGUUUAUUGAUGAAGAUUAGACAAAAACAAUCAGUCUCAAAACAAAUCCAACAACUCAACUCUGAACUAAGCCCUCGAUUCCGCCUCUCAAAACUUGAUCUCGAAGACAUUGAAAACUCCAGAGUACUCCGACCAGGAGAGUGGGGUGCUAAGCUCUCAGUCCAACUCAUGAGGAAUAUUAAGAAGGAAGAACGGAGGAAGCUCUAUUAUAAGAAUAGAGUGAGAUACCUGAAGAGGAGUAAUAGGAAGGAAAAGAAUAAAUCAGUAGGAUUUUAAUAAAAAAAUUUA